AUGCUUGGCCGGUUGCUGAGUACUUUUAGUGCUGGCUCUUACGGUUCACGGAAUCCUGCUGUUCUCGAGUCCGUCACCGAAGAGGAACACACAUCCGGACUCCUAUUCCCUGAUCCUCGUUCUCUGCACCGAUCCUCCAAUUCCGCACAUGCUUUCCAGACAAGUUUCAACUCCCCCAAUGCUUCAGGCGCUGGCGGGUAUGAUGACCGUGGUGGACUCGAUCUCGAUGCAAUCAAGGAUUUUCGGAUCAUAAUCGCGCAGAAUGCUAUUGGGGAUCGAGAUGAACCGUGUAUUUUACUCGACUCGAGGGGUGUCCAUGCUUCUUCCUCUAACCAGGGCUUGGGAAUGGAUCCGCAGGUGUUUGACUCACUUGGUGGUCGACAUUCUCGAACGUCGAGCUUGUCACAGGCUUCUCUUUCCCGGAGAGGGUCCAUACAGACAAAUCAGCCUUCACUUGUCGAAGGAGGCUCACUCUCACAAGCCGCUAGCGCCAGGAAAAUUACGUCACCUUUGACCGGGGGAGCAUUCAGUCGUGCUCGGGGCCGUAGCUCUAUCAGCUCAGUUGUCACUCCCGGUGAAGGCAUUCUCGAACCAUAUCACAAUCGGGUAGCCCCAGAGAACAGUGACACGGACUCAGGGUCUGAGGGGACUUUAGCGUCUUCUCCUGCUCCCCGUGAGGUCGAUACGCUGGCUAGUCGACAUGGACCCCGCAAUCCACUUGCACGGACGUAUUCCUCGGGAACCCAGCCGCAACUGGGCUACAUCAUGCCUCAGGACAAUAAGUCGUCGUCUCGAGUUACUAUCCUCAUCACCAGGAUGUUUAGCGUCAACCUGCCAGAAUCUCGUGACCCGUCGGUAGAGUCUUCUGAACUACCUAGCUCGCUGCCUGUGGAUGGGGCGUCAGAGUCUGGGUACCCCUUUCCUGAUCUCACUCGGCGCCGUAAAGUGAAAGAGAAGAAGACCCCCAUGUACGCAGUGGCCAUGACUAUUCAAAUACCGUUGGCUGCGCGAAACAACGGUCGACCAAUGUCCCGACUUAGCACUCAUGUCCCCGAAGGCCAGAAACAGAUGUCUUUCUCCCUAGACUCAGAUCCACAUUGGAGCAGCGCUUUUCUUGACGAUAAUUCGUCACAGAAUACCAAUCUAGACGAUAGGAUUGACCUCUUGGUGGACCGUUGGGAUGUGAUUACUCGAACUUUGACUUAUUUGGAGAAGCUAGCCAGGCAGGAGAUACUGAUUCUGCUAAAGAAAGUUGAAGCUCAAGUGGCCGUUGCGCCAAAACCUCUCAAGCCGCCAAAUAUGCAAAGAACUAAUCAAACAAUUAUCCAACUCCGACCAAAUGUUCUUGCACACAACAGCAAGCUUAAAGAAGAAUUAUUAUUGAAUGCUCAGAGAAUCUCAGCGGCUCUGCGUAUACCACGUGUGAUUCUCGGUCAGAGCCGAUGGGGUGUAUGGCGUGAGGAGGCUCGCUGGAUAGCUCGACUAAUGGCCGACAAGGAACAUGGACUAUUCUUUCUCGUUCUCAUUACUGCUUUUCUGGGUAAUCACACCGAAUGGCUAAACACUUUAGGGCCUGAAUGGUAUCGAAGGCGUCAUCAGAUGCAGCAGAAAGCGCAGACAGAUUCUGAACCAACAAUUGCAAAUCGUACAGUGAUCAUAUCGGACAACAAGAUGGUUGCUAGACGUUUGAUCUUUAUUCUUUCUGCCUUUUUACCUGCUAAGCAUCGUGUCGACUUCAUAAACUCGCCCCUGCGUCCGGGAACAUCAACCUCUACCCGACCACUUUCUCAAAGCCCGCCGGCUUUUCCUCUACUGCGACAGGAAUCUCUACGUCGCAGAAUCAACCGGAGGGCACAAGCUCAGAGAUUCAAUGCGGAAGAAUCUACUCACCAAAGAUCCGUGAGCGUUUCAUCAAGUGAGACUACACACAAGGCGUCCGAUGAACCGGAAAGUGCCUUACCGAGUGAGCCGGUGUAUACGCAUAAUAGAAGAGGCUCAGACGUUCGAUCUAUUAGAACGGUUGGUUUACCAAUCAGUGCAAAUGAGGCUCGCACACGAGCUACAACAUCGACAACAACCAAUGACACGGCAGUUCCUGUUGCUUAUUUUGCAUCUCGCCAGCAUCCUCCACGCAGCCAUGCCAAUACAGUUGGUGAUGAAACCGACAGUUAUGCUUCGGCGAAACUACUACAAAACUUACGUAGGAGCGAAACUUCGAGCACCAAUUCUAACGGCAGCAAUCCUACGGCUGGUGGCAAGUGGGUUGGCAGCAUUCUUUCCGGAUUCUGGUCUGGAAGGUCAGAUUCCGUUGGAGAAACCGACAGAGCAAAUUCGUGCCGUCGAACCUCUAUAGCCCAGCAUGCAUCAGCCCGCCGUCGCUCGCAAGUAUUGGUUGAUGACGAUGAUGACGAUGACAACAACCAAGAGCAUUUGCAGUCUGAGACAUCGGUGACGGGCGUAACGCCGAAAGCUUCUUCAGCGACCGAAACAAUCACCAUUCCACACUCUUCAGCUAAUGCUAGACUUUCACUGGAUCAAAAUGAAUCAGAAUUCGCCCCGACGGAACAGAUCAAGGAGUCGCCGCUGAAACUUUCAGUUCAAGGAAACGACGGAGUGGUUGAUGUCGAUCUUCCCUUGCGCGGUUUUCUGUCAUUGUCUUCGUCAAAUGACUCCACUAUUGCGUCUCCAAAGAAGGCGCGGACCUCCAUCACAAGCAUGGAUGCUUCAUGCUCAAUACAUAGUAGCUUCUCCAAUAUCAAUUCGGGAUUUCGGGACAGUGAAGGUUCUAACUUGAAUGUUGCUGGGUGGCUAAAGAAUUUCCAUGAAGAUUUCCUUCUUCAGGCCGUCAGACCGUACCACGGAAUUGAAGCUGAUGUCAAGCGUGCCAUGCUAGGUGAAUCAUAUUCACAUGUCACAGCCGCUGGUAUAGACGUAGAGAACGUGAAUAUCACCGAUCGAUGGGUGGAGGUUGCCAGCACUCUUAUUGCCGACACGCGGACUUUUACAGUCAAGCGACUACGUCUUCUACGCCGAGGUACCCCUAACUGUGCUUCUAGCGUUGCUAGCACUGGUACGAGUACUCCCCCGCUUCCUACGCCUCGGCAGACAUCUGAAAAUGUGCCUUCUACAUCCCACCUGACCGGCUUCUUCAACGGACGAUCACAAAAGAAUUCCGCCGCUGCGCUUACCGACCUUGUUGACCCUAAUGAUACCGAGUACAAAUUCAUCGAAGAACCUGUCGUGGACGUUGACGGAACACUGGUGGACGCAGUUGAAAGAGUCCUCAUCCAAAGCGGCCAAUCAUCAUUGGCACACUCAAGGUCAACCUCGCCUCAUAGGAACGGGCGAUCGGACGACCGUCCUUCUGAUGAGACUCCGCAUGUCCAUGUCGUGGAGGUACCACGGAACGAGUGCCGUAAGACAGUCCUCGGAGCUCUUGAAGAAGUCGCUCGUAGCGUCACCGAGAUACACUGUCGCGAAGAAGGCGAUGCCGAGUUCAUGGGUGGCGAUGAUUCAACUGACAAGGAUGGGAAACGCCGCUCAACUGUCAUUCAGGACAACACUCUCCGUGAAGGAGUUCGUAAAUGGCUCCUUGAUAUUGAAGAAGCCCUCUGA